UAUGUUAUGUUACGUUUGUGUUCCAUGCAUUUUGUGCGCGAUGGCCUUUAGAUUCGCUGGUGUCGCUCGAUUGCUUGAAGUUCGAUGCGAAUUUCCUCGCGACACGCGACGUUCCGCUAUUCGCGACUAUCUUAACGAGCGGCAGGCAGGUUCUCAAGGAGAGAUACAUUGACACGCAUACACGCACACAUAUACACACACACGCAUUCAAUGCCUUAGAGUCGAUUGGAAAUUUUCGUCCCGCAUCUUUUAUCGCACACGCGCGCACGCGGGGUUGGCAUCGCUCGGUUUCCGCACCACCCUCGUCGAUCCUCGCGGCUCUUCACCUCGUCCAUGGAUCGCGCUCGCGAGGAGGAUGUUUACGCAGAAGACGUACUAUUUUUCGCAGCUGUCGCGCAGCUAUCCGAUUUUGAGGCUCGUCGACAUUUACGACCGCCAGUCGUUCAUACGAGCCUACGUGUUGGACAACAUCUACAUCUGUAUUUUGACGUACGUCCUGUUCUACGUGGCGCUGUGGUACGCCACUAACAUAAUAAAACGUGUCGAGAAGUCGAAUCGGGAAAUGUCAACGACGGUCGCGCAGAACAAAACGAAAUUGGACAGGUUGAUCCUGCUGAAGAGCAAGAAAGCGCAAUUCGAGGAAGUGAUCGUGAGGACGACAGAUGCGCAAAAAGUCACCACUAGGCACCUGGAGGACGAAAUGUGCAGGCUCGACGCGGAAUUAAUCACGACGUCCGGCAAGAUUGCGCAAUUGGAGAAAAUCAUAGGAAAAUACAAACAGCCGGACCAGUCGCUCGCGCGGUCAGCCGGUGUCGUCGCAGCCCGCGAGGGUGAACGUCCCGACGGUGAACUCGAGGGUGUCGCGAGUCUGCUCGAAAGCGUCAAGAUCCUCGAGCCGUCAUUUCCACCGUCCGUCCCGGCGGAACCGCCACCUCGCAAGUACGGGAUCUUUGUCAGCCGACCUCCUGGCCAACGGAGAGGGUCGUCGCCCGCAGCUGCAGCCGCCGCGACUGCUGGCCCGCCAAAGAUCGGAUUCAAGUAACAGCGCGUCGGCGGAAGCCUCCUCGGAGUCCGUCGUGCCGCGUCGCACCGGUCGAGACACUUUGAGAUAUCAAGCCGGUGACGCGUGGAGACGCGAUUAUUCGAAACGGCUGCGAGCGAAGGCACGCUCGAGGCGGCGGCCGUCCUGCUGCAACGCACGCGACGCCCACCUGGACUCCCUCAUGAGAAUCACGCCUUUCACCAGAUCUGUAUUAGGACUCGCGAGCGUCUUCCAUUAACCACGUGAGACGGCCGAGUGAGCUUAGGAGCCUUCCAAGACCAAUCUCGCGUAUCCGCUCGAUUGUCCCCCCUUCACCUCCCGUAUGGUCUCUCCUCGUGCAAAAAUUCCCUCAGUGAGAAUGUAUAAGUGAGAAUGUAUAAAAAUUCGAA